AUGUCGAAAUCAUGCCGGAUGAAAAAAUUGAACAACGGUAUUAAUUUAAAAUUUUUAAUGAAACUUGGAAAAUCUGCGACCGAAUGUUUCAAUUUAUUAACUGAAGUAUAUGGAGAUAGUGUYCUAUCACGACCACGUGUUUUUGAGUGGCACAAACGAUUUCGUGAGGGUCGUGAAGAAGUUGAAGACGAUCUACGGGUGGGUCGUCCAUGCUGCUCAAAAACUAACGAUAACAUUUCAAAAAUCAAUGAAAUUGUGCGAAAAUAUCGACGUCUGGAUAUUCGAAUGAUAGCUGAGAUGGUAAAUAUCGACAAGGAGACCGUUAGACAAAUUUUGCACGAUGAAUUAAACAUGACAAAAGUCUGCGUCAAAAUGGUGCUCACAGUGCCUUAUCUGUAA